AUGCAAACCAACAAAGUUUAUAGAGAGCGUGUUAUUGUAAAUAAUAGACCACACAAAUGGUGGCACCACCGUUGGUUCAAAAUAAUCGGAAUUUCUGUUAUUGUUUUAAUAGUUUUUGCUGUUAUUCUUGCUCUGGUAUUAAACUUCGUCGUUUUUGCACCGAAGAAAUCAGAAACUAGUACCACCGCCUCUACAUCAUCAUCAUCACUAACAACAACAAUAUCAAUACCACCGUCAUUAUCAACAACAACAUCAAUAGUGACAUCGACCACAACUCUGCCACAAACAACAACUACAACCACAACUCAGCAGUCAGAGUGGUCUGUUACCGGUAAUAUGACUAAUGCACGCUAUGUUCACACAGCAUCUGUAUUGUCAAAUGGACUAGUAUUAAUUACUGGUGGUCAAGACAAUAGUGGUAAUAUUUUAAAUAGUGCUGAAUUGUAUGAUUCAUCAAUGGGUACAUGGACAACUACUGGUAGCAUGACUUAUACACGAGUUUAUCACACAGCAUCUGUAUUAUCGAAUGGGCUAGUAUUAGUUACUGGUGGAUGGAAUAGUAGUACUGUUUAUAAUAGUGCUGAGCUCUAUAAUCAAUCGACAGGUACUUGGACAACUACUGGUAACAUGCAUAGUGUACGACAAGAUCACACAGCAUCUGUAUUAUCAAGUGGAAAAGUAUUAAUUACUGGUGGAGGAGUAAAUAGCAUUAGUGCUUUAAAUAGUUCUGAGCUGUAUGAUCCAUCAAUAGGUACAUGGACAACUACUGGUAACAUGGCUAAUCCACGAGUUUAUCACACAGCAUCUGUAUUAUUAAAUGGGCUAGUAUUAGUUGCCGGUGGAUACGAUGGUCAUAGUGGUAAUUUAAAUAGUGCUGAACUCUAUGAUCCAUCAACCGGUACUUGGACAGCUACUGGUAGUAUGGCUAAUGCGCGGACUGCUCACAGAGCAUCUGUAUUAUCAAAAGGAAAAGUAUUAGUUGUUGGUGGAGUUGUUUUAAAUAGUGCUGAGUUGUAUGAUCCAUCAACAGGUAUUUGGGCAACUACUGGUAACAUGACUGACGCACGAUUUGAUCACACAACAUCUGUAUUAUCAAAUGCACUAGUAUUAGUUACUGGUGGAUACACUGGUAGAAUUCCUUUAAAUAGUGCAGAAUUAUAUUCACUAUUUCAUACAAAUUAA